GAGCUGCCAGGCUGAGUGUGUAAAGUCUGCCCUCUGCCACCUCAGUGCCUCUGGCUGCCCUACUUGAGCCAGGGCUUCCCUGCCAGUAAGGACAGACACAGCCCUCUCUGUUUUAAGGAGCCUGCACCUCCACCCACUUCUGUAUACUAGAGCUGCCACAAUGUCUGAGUCAGCAGCAGCUGUUUGAGCGUCAACAUCCUUCACCCCAUUGGCAGCCUGUAUCAUAGCCAUCAGCUUCUUUGCCUGGCCUCGGCUGGCAUGUGAUGUGACUGCACUCCACAAUAUGCCUCCACUACUGCACUUUACUUUGUGUGUCCUCGCUGUCUCCUACUGUUCUUACCAAGUCUCAGGUGAAAACAAAUCUUGUCAAUCUCAAUGUGGUAAAGUCCUCCAGAACUGCUCCUGCCAUGCAAGCUGCUUGAAUUUAGGAAACUGCUGUACAGAUUAUGGAAAAUUAUGUCUCCAGAUUCUUCCCCACUCAGGGAGUUUAAUGGGAGGGAAAGAUUUUACUGUUCUAGAUGUAACUUUUGAUAAAUCUGCAAAUCUGACUUGCAGGUUUAACAAUGAAACUGAUACUCAGGGUUAUAUCAGUGAUUCCGGGCAGGCUCACUGCAUUUCUCCACUGGUCCUUCAGACUGGCCAGAUUCCAUUUACUUUGUUAUUUAAUGGAUCGUCCAGUUCAUCUCCUUCUGGAACAUGGCUGGCAGUUCAUCACAGCAAAGUUUCUGAGCACGAGAAGAGUACAUUGGUUGAUGCAAAAAAAUGGCAAUAUUAUGGUACUCCAGGACAUAAUGGAUCUCUCACAAUGACCUGGAAUUCCACUACCCUCUCAACACAUCAUGUCCGUGUAGAGGUUUGGGGCUAUAAUGAAACAGGAAUUCCAUAUGAAGAAUCAUGGGAAGCUCACUGGACUUACCUCUACACAUUGGAUUUAUCUUACCCCAACACUGGCAACUUCACUUUCAUUCCAGUUCCUGCACAAUCCCCAUUUGAUCAAUGGGAAGUGGGAAUGUUAAGGGUCAGUGCAAGUAACCAGAAGGAAGGAGAGAGGAAUAUACAUGCAAUAUGGAGUCCUGUCCAUGCCUUAGCCUGGCACUUAUCAAACAGUUUCAGGGAUGACCCCGCUGGCUGGGCUUCCAAUAAGUGUAUGGCUUGGGUCGAUUUGGAAAAGAACACGCUACCUGACUUCUUGAAUGAGACAGCAGAUUGCCCUUGUACUCUACAACAAUCCAGAGCAGAUACAGGAAGAUACCAUACAGAUUAUGGCUGUAACAUUGAAAAGGGCAGUGUGUGUACGUACCACCCUGGAGCUGUGCACUGUGUGAGGAGCAUACAAGCAAGCCCUCAGUUUGCUGCGGGACAGCAAUGUUGCUAUGAUGCAUCAGGAGUUCAGGUCCUAACCACUGAUUCUUUAGGGGGCAGCACUCCUGACCGAGGCCAUGAUUGGGGGUCCUCUCCUUACAAGAAACCCCCUAGAAUUCCUGGAUUUUCCCACUGGCUGUAUGAUGUGAUCACUUUCUAUUACUGUUGUCUGUGGUCAGACAAUUGCCAUUACUACCUAGAACUAAGACCGUCCAGUGACUGUCAAACGUACCAGCCGCCAAAAGUUGCUUCAGCUUUUGGUGAACCGCACAUUAUAACAUUUGAUGGCUUGAAUUACACUUACAAAGGUAAAGGAGAAUAUUAUUUGGUGAACUCUACAGAUCCAUCUCUGACCAUUCAGUGCCGAACAACACCUUUUCUAGAGGAACACUCACAGAUUCUUAGGUCCGAGGAAACAAGACCUGCUCAACCCUCAGCAUCUGUUAUCGCAGUUUUUCAUGACGAUAGAGCUCGCCGUCGGCGUUCAGUAUCUGACAAGAUAAAUGUGGCCAGCAUUUCAUCAGUGGCCAUGCAAGAAGAAGACUCUGAUGUUGUUGAGGUGCGUUUGAAAAAUGGAACACAGGAGGAACUGGAAACUCUAUUAAAUGGAGAAGUCCUGAGUUUUAAAGAACAGAGCUGGAUGGAUAUGAAAGGAGUUUUUCUAUUUUCUCCAAUUCCAUCAAAUGUCACGGCGAUGUUCCCUUCUGGAGCUGGGGUGGAAGUGAGAGCCAUAAAAGCAUUUCUGAGCAUCUCCGUCCUUCUCCCUGAAUUAUUCUUAAAUAAAACCCAAGGGCUUCUAGGAGUCAUGAACGGGGAUCGUGAAGAUGACUUAACUCUGAGGAAUGGUACACAACUGGCAAGUUCUGCCUCUCCAGAAGAAAUUUUCAACUUUGGUGCAGAUUGGGCGGUGACGGAACAAACUUCACUCUUCCAGUAUGACUCCCAAGAAUUGAUCAACAGCUAUAAACUAAAACAUGACCCAGAUUUUGUUCCCACAUUUAAAGCUGAUGAGAAUAAAAAUGAAACUUUGACUAAAGAAGCCAAGAGCCUGUGUGGCGAUGAUAUAUUUUGCAUAUUUGAUGUCCUGACAACAAAUAGUUUGGAAAUUGGCAAUGCUACCAAAAUCUCAUAUAGCAGUCACAGAGCACUGGUGGACAGUCUUCAACCAGUGAUCACAUGCGGCUGGCUCGCUCCACCGGCAAAUGGCUCAAAGAAUGGAGCAAGUUAUUUAGCUGGUUCUGUUAUCACAUUCAGUUGCAACAAAGGUUUUUUGUUAUCUGGAUCUAAACAGAGAACAUGCCAAGACAAUGGUACUUGGUCUGGAGAACCAACCAUAUGUACUCUAGCAUCUCCAAACUCCUGUGCAAGUCAGUGUGGACAAGUCCUAGCUGAGUGCUCCUGUCAUGCAACAUGUGAGAAACUUGGCAUAUGCUGCCCUGACUACAGCUAUUUCUGUGUUCGCAUUUCUCCGGAUUCUGGUUUGCUGAUGGGUGGAAGGGAUUUUGUCAUUGUGAAUGUGACCUUUAAUACUGGAUCAGUAGUGAAAUGCAGAUUUAAUAAUGAGAUCAUUGUAGAUGGCUUUGUGGACCUGAUCGGCCAUGCACACUGCGUGUCACCAUUACUGUAUGAGACGGGGCGUAUUCCUUUCGAAUUGUCUGUGGAUGGAGGAAACACAUACUCUCACUCAGGCACUUGGCUUUCAGUGCAUCCUGGGAAGGUGUCAGAAUCAGAAAAAUGUACUCUAGUGAAUGAAACAAAGUGGCAGUAUUAUGGCACACCCAAUUACGAAGGCAGCUUGACUGUUGAAUGGAACCCAAACACCUUGAAAUCAGAUUUAGUAAACAUUGAAGUCUGGGGCUACACAGAGUCAGGUGAGCCAUAUACUGCCUCAUGGUCACCUUCUUGGAAAUAUCUCUAUACACUGGUACAAAAACACAUCAAUGAUGGAACCUUCACAUUCAAACCCCAACCAGCAGCGGCAGAAUAUACAGUCUUUGAAUUUGGAAGCCUUAGGAUUGUGUCUAGUGAAUAUAAUGAUGGAAAGUGGAAUAUCCAAUCUUUAUGGAGUGUAGAUCAUGCCAUGGCUUGGCAUCUAGGGGAAGACUUCCGCAAAGAUUCUGCUGGAUGGGCCCAUGAUAAAUGUCUGAAGUGGCAUGAAAGUGACAUGAGGCUUCCUGAUUUUCUCUCAGAGAUCAUAGACUGCCCAUGCACAUUGGCACAAUCAAGGGCAGAUACGGGCAGGUUUCAUCCGGAUUAUGGAUGUGACAUUGAUUCAGGAAGCGUGUGCACGUAUCAUCCUGGAGCUGUGCAUUGUGUCCGAGGCAUCUAUGGCAGUCCUAAGUAUGCAGCGGGGCAGCAGUGCUGCUAUGAUGAAAGAGGAAUCCAGGUCCUUACUAGUGACUCAGUAGGGGGUAGCACCCCUGACAGAGGUCAUGACUGGGGAUCCCCUCCAUACAGAAAGCCUCCCAGAGUACCUGGGUUCUCCCACUGGCUGUAUGAUGUUAUCAGCUUCUAUUACUGUUGUCUAUGGUCAGAUAACUGCCAGUACUACUUAGAACUCAGACCGUCCAGCGACUGCCGCACAUACAGGCCCCCAAGAGUCGCUUCUUCUUUUGGAGAUCCUCAUUUUAUUACCUUUGAUGGGGUCGAAUACACUUUUAAAGGCAAAGGAGAAUACACACUGGUGAACACCAGCUACAAGUCACUUGUGAUACAGGGUCGGACACAACCUGCUGUACAUGUAAAUGGUUCUACAACUUCAGUCACUGGAUUCUCCUCUGUGGCAAUGCAAGAAGGGAGUUCUGAUAUUCUCGAGGUCCGUCUAGCAGAAGACUUAGUGAUGCUUGAAGUUCUUCUAAACCAAGAACCUCUAAAUUUUAAUCGGACAUGGCUAGAUCUUAAAGGUGUAUUUCUGUUUUAUGGUGCUAACAAACGUGUGACGGCUAUGUUUCCUUCGGGAGCUGGGGUGGAAGUGAGAGGACGAGGAAAGUUCCUGAGUAUCAAUGUCCUUCUGCCGGAGGAGUUCAUGAACCAAACACAAGGGCUCAUGGGAGUCAUGAACAACAAUCCAAAUGAUGAUUUUACACUCAGGGAUGGAAGAGUACUCCCAACUGAUUCAACUUCAGAACAGCUUUUCCAGUUUGGUGCUGACUGGGCAGUGACCAAUGAUAGCUCACUCUUCACUUACGACUCACGGUGGCUGAUAGAGAACUAUAAAGAAAAGCAUGACCCCAAUUUCUUACCCACCUUUUCUGUUCAGGAGGAUCCCAAUGAUCCACUUACUGAAUACAUAAAGAGGAUAUGUGGGAAUGAUUAUUUCUGUAGGUUUGACAUACUCACAACUAGAGACUUGGAAGUUGGAAAUGCAACAUUAUGGUCACACGAAAACCACAAGAAUUUAGUGCAGAGCUUGCAACCAGUGAUCUCUUGUGGGUGGUUAGAGCCCCCAAAGAAUGGGAAGAAGGAAGGAACAAGCUACUUGAACAAUUCUGAGGUGAUAUUUACCUGUAAUAAAGGAUACCUGCUAGUGGGCUCAUCUUCACGCAAAUGCCAAGCAGAUGGUACUUGGAGUGGAGAAACUAGCCAGUGUGUAUCAGAUAAUACUUUGGGCAUUGUCCUUGGAUGUGUAUUUGGAUUCUUAACACUCUUAGUCCUCCUAAUACUGAUUGCCCUACAUGAAAAAAAGCACAGCAAGAAGAAAGAGCUAAAUGCCCCUACAGUGACUUUCCAUCAAUCUAAAGACCCAUAGAAGGAGUCUACAUGAAGUGACAAUAGAAGCACUGCCUUAAUGCAAUAUGUAUACAAUGUUCUGUUUUCCAGAACAGUCAAUGACACCAACCAAGGAACACAUAACCAAAUGUAAUCUAAAGCACAUUCCAGACUACACCUGUAAAAUGGUAAAAUAGCUAUGUAGCUCUUUCUUAUUUAUAAAGGCAACCAGUUUAUGUUUUACCCCACUUUUAUAUUCCAAAACUACAGUACAGCAACAACAUAUGUCUAUAAAUAUAUAUAUAUAUAU